AAAGUGAUAAAGAUAGAAGAACUUCAUGAUCACUUAAGAUUACCAAUGAAUUUGAUUCUCAUGAUAUACAUCUGGGACAACGACCCUGACCAGCUAAACUUAACAUCUGUCACUCACAUCGGAGCUAUAUUAUAAUAUUCAUCAACUGUGUAAACACAAGUUAAUACAGAGACUGACCAACCAUCAAGAUGCAAAGUAUAUGGAUGACAGGAAAUUAAAGGGUAACAUUAACAAUGUUUUGAUAACAAUAUACAAGACAGCGCUAGAAAGUCUUUCAGUUGAUCAGUUAAACCUUGAGGAACAAACUGUAGAUAAACUGAUAUCUGCCUGUGAUGAUUUGUGUUUACCUUAUAAAGAAGUGUUGUCAGCGUUCCUUUGUUUAAGACCAACUUGGACGAUGCUGGGGAUCAAGGAGCAGUACUCAGCUCCUCACAAGGGAAUACAAGACUGCUUCGCUGCUCUCUAUAUUGUCAACAAUCUUAAUAACCCACAGUAUUCUACACCUACACCUGCCUCUGCUACACGUGCUUCAGCUACACCUGACGCACGUGUCAGUAUCAGAGGAGUGUUAGAAGAAAGCAUCAGGUCAGGUGUAGUAGACAUGAACAAGUACCUGAAUGUUCUGAUACAUGUGGCUGGGCUGCUGCACCUUGUACUAGAAAAGGUACCUGACACACCAGCACGGGAAGUGGUUCAUCUCCUGCAUGAGUCUGGUAUGAGAGACAAUGACCAGUGGCUCGACCUCCUUGACAAUGCUAAAAUGUCUCCAGCAAUUGUCAAAGAAAUACCUUACUUCUUCAAUACUGAAGAAACAAUUGACGUACGUGAUAGACGUGUGAGAAGCUACGCUGCUUCUUACCACACCUCAGCUCCUGCAAGGUGAAGAUUAUUAUCCAUGGUGACCCAGGAGACCUACCUGACCUACCUUACCUGCUGGCUGCCCUCACCCACCACCACUGUACACGCCUGGUACUGUACCACCACUACCAUCAUGCUGACACAACCACUACUUCUAACAUCCAGCUGCAAUAUUUAUAUUAUGCACUCAGAAACUGCACACAGAGAGAGGCACCAGCAGCAUCAGCUAGAGCAGUAGCUGAACCAACAAUGCCAACAACGAGGCCGCAGAACAGAUUAGUGAAGCCCAC